AUGCCGAAGCCCCCAAAAACGCCACGAAAUGACCCAUCCCGGGACUCUACAGAGGAUUUUCCGGAGUUGUCCAGAGAAGCUGGCCUCGCUGCUAACACCACGGAGCUAGCUAACGAGAUAUUGCUACAACACAUCUCUGAAACGAUUGCGGCAGAGGCAAGGCGCUCUCAAACAGCCAUGGAUCAGUCAAUCGCCAAGCUGGAGCUGUCCCUUGAUGGUAAAAUUAACAAUGUUAUCAAGCGCAUUGACGAAGUGGCGGCUUCGUGCGACGCUAUCGGGGUUCGCCAGGCGGAGGCUGAGAGCCGCAUCUCCGCUUUGGAGGACGACGUGACGCCGCUGCAGGCCAGAAUGAAUGAGCUGAUUAAGUCCAAUUCAGAGCUAGCUUCGCAAGUUUUGGAUCUCCAGGCUCGCUCAAGGAGGGAUAAUCUACGCAUUUUGAACUUGAGAGAAGCUGUGGAAGGGUCUAACCCCGUGUUAUUCUUUGAAAAGUUUUGA